UGUUGACAAGUGGAAUCGUGGACCAGAACAGAACUAGUUCCGGGCCGGAAGAUCUCCUCUCCUUUCACCAAUUUCCACCGUGUACCGAGAAAGAGAUCCUCAAAGCGGAGCAUGACAGACUGUUCUCGCAAAACGGCAGAAUUCUUCAUUUGCACCCGCUGGACACACUGAAUGCAAACGAUGGUCCAAGCACGACGCCCUUUUCCUCCCGAGAACAGAGCCCGAUAGAGGAAAGCCCAAUGAUCCAGUUGCAGGAUGGCGGUCUUAGCAAUGCCAAUGCGCCUGUAGCUGCACCAGCUUCAGCGACUCUGACAGCGAGUGUCCGGAACAUCAAUCGGGACAGCCAGACCGACGCGUUAGUGGUGGCAGAAGAGCAGAAGAAUUUAGUGAGGAAGCAAUUGAAAAUGAGCCG